AUGCCGCGCCAUCUGCCCUCCAGGCUGCCAGCCAGGAUGUGGAGCAGGAUUUCGGAGAAGCAGUCAUGGAGGGACAACAGUCAGGCCCCUUCCCUGUGUCUUAUCCAUAAACUUGACCACAUUGUGAUGAUAGUAAAGAGCAUCAAAGACACCUCUAUGUUUUACUCUCAGAUCCUGGGCAUGGAGGUGAUGACUUUCAAGGGAGACCGGAAAGCACUGUGUUUUGGAGACCAGAAAUUUAACCUCCACGAGGCGGGAAAGGAAUUUGAACCCAAAGCCGCUCACCCAGUUCCUGGCUCCCUGGAUAUAUGCUUGAUCACGCCUUUGGAGGAAAUGGUCCAGCACCUUGCGGCUUGUGAUGUCCCCAUUGAGGAGGGCCCAGUCCCCAGAAUGGGGGCAAAAGGGAGCAAAAGUAUGUCCACCUACUUCCAAGACCCUGACGGAAACCUGAUUGAGGUGUCCAACUACAUCUCCUUGUGAUGGAGGCUAGCUCUCUGCCAUCUUGUCCCCUGCUAUGUCGCCCUCUCCCUUCCUUCCUGCAAACCCUCGCCCAGGCCCAGAAACCUCUAAGGACUGAGGACUUAGGCACUUCACACAUCCUGCUGGAGGAUCUGAGGCAGGUUUGGGACCAACAUGUCUGAGUGUCCUCCA